AUGUCGUCGAUUCUUCGCCCCCUCUCGCAGUCCUCCAAGACUCUUUUCGGCCGCCGCGCCAUGGCGACCGUCAACCCCACCAUCCUCAACCCGGUGCUCCCCGCCAAGAUCCCCGCGGCGCUGCACCUCAAGACCGGUGAGAGCUACUACGGUUCGUCAUUUGGCUCGACCUCGUCCAAGUACGGUGAGACCGUCUUCUCGACCUCUAUCACCUCGUACACCGACUCGAUGACCGACCCCUCGUACCGCGGUCAGAUUCUGGUCUUCACGUCGCCCAUGAUUGGCAACUACGGUGUUCCCUCGAACGCUCCCCUCCCUGAGACCCCUGGUAUUCCCUUCCUCGAGUCGGAGGGUAUCCAGUGCGCCGGUGUCGUCGUUUCCGACGUUGCCCUCAAGUACUCGCACUACCAGGCUAUCGAGUCGAUCCACGAGUGGUGUGCUCGCCACGACGUUCCCGGUAUUUCGGGCGUCGACACUCGUGCCAUCACCACCCUUCUCCGUGACCAGGGUACCACUCUCGGCCGUGUUGCCGUUGGCGCCGACGCCAGCAAGAUCCCUGAGGCUCACGAGUACUGGGACCCUUCGACCGAGAACCUCAUCGCCCAGGUCUCGACCAAGGAGCCCUACGUCCUCAACCCCCACGGCACUGGCCCCCGUAUUGCCGUCCUCGACUUUGGAACCAAGGCCAACAUCCUCCGCUCGCUCGUCAAGCAGGGUGCCGUCGUCACUGUCCUCCCCUGGGACUUCGACUUCAACGCCGUCCGUGACCAGUACGAUGGUCUUUUCCUCUCCAACGGCCCUGGCGACCCCAAGUCGAUCAUGGAGACCGCCUACCGUGUCCGCAAGACCAUUGACGAGUGGAACAAGCCCAUCUUUGGUAUUUGCAUGGGCCACCAGAUCCUCGGCAUUGCUGCCGGCAUGGAGGCUUACCGCAUGACCUUUGGUAACCGUGGACACAACCAGCCCGUCCUCGCCCUCCACUCGUCGGGCUCGAUCGACGCCGGCCGUGUCUACGUUACUUCGCAGAACCAUCAGUACGCCCUCCAGCUCUCCGAGGACUUCCCUGAGGGCUGGGCUCCGUUCUUCCUCAACUGCAACGACUCGUCCGUCGAAGGCAUCAUCUCGACCCCCGAGUCUGGCAAGCAGAUCUGGGGUGUCCAGUUCCAUCCCGAGGCUUGUGGUGGACCGAGCGACACUCUCGAUUUGUUCGCCGACUUUGUUGACACCUGCAAGACUGGAAACGGCUCCAUGAAGUCUGACAGCGUUCACGUCGACACGCACUCGUCUGGGCCUAUCCCCCAGCCCCAGGCGGCCUAG